AUGAGAACCCAAACCGUUGUUGGAGUGCUAUGUACAGUUGUUUUCUUCCAUUUGGUAUCCAGGAUGGCACAUGCUAACGCCAUCGGUAAGUGCAAGUCGCAAGUAUCAGCCUUCCAAAAAGCCCUUCAAGGACACACAUAUGACACAUUCAAAGUCAAUAGCCCUGAUGUUUGCGUUAAGAGAUGUGAUAAAGAAGAAAAGUGUCAGAGCAUCAACUUUGUUAUCGAUGAAAGUAUCUGUGAACUGAAUAAGGAAAGCAAGGAGGCAAGACCAGACAAUUAUGUUACAGACCCAAGACGGAUUUACAUGACCGUAAAAUUUGAUAAAGGUGGGUGCUUUAAAAGUAUCGUGAUCUUAAAUAGUUGGUCUUUUGAUUGUAUGUAUACGUGUAUGUAUGUUUGUAUAUGUAUGUGAAUUUUUUAUUUGGAGAGGGUUAUGAAUAUUGAGAUCUCGGAAGUGUAACUGCCAAAUUUUUUCCUUUGUACGGCAGAUACCUGGCCAUCCGGGACGUAUGGACUUCCUCGUUCCAAGACUGGCUGUCCCCAGUCCCCUCAUGCUUCUGAGUGGCAAAUAGGCUGGAGGUUACAAGACACGGAAGACACUUACCCCGACAGUCGCCACUCGAAUAGUUUUCAUAUAGAUGCAGUUGUUUUGAAAAGUCAUGUGAACAGAAGUUUCUGCAUAAAACACGUGGACAAAGUCAGUACUGAAGCGAAACCAUGGCCUAAGGGUAAUGAUUUUUUAGGCAUUUUCAAUUUUUUCAACUUUCUCUCCUUUCGUAGUUGAACAAGACACUUUCACAUCAACACGACGCCUUUUUCGUUAUACCGUUAUUUUUUACAAUUUAAAGCUAUUUGAGAUUUCCCGAUGUUCCCGUUGCGCUAUGUUAGUGACCGAUCUUGGUAGAACUCCUCUCAAGGCUUGGUAAUUAUUAAUAGAAUUCACUGGAGUCAUGUAAGUUUCAAUUAUGGAUGUAACGACCUUUUGCUUUAUCUUAAACUUAGUCCGCUUUCCCGGGCAAAAACUAGUGCCAAACUUUUAAAAUGAUUUCACCCCAAAAACAAAAACAACCCUCUGUUUCUUUUACUAUUUGGUUUGGUCCCAGGAGAUUUCAGAUCCCCGCUGUAUAAACUUACUUACGCUUGUUCGUUGGUUGCGCAGUAUAGGCCACCAACGGAAUCUUUCUAUCUCUUCCAAUUUUUCACCUCUCGAGCCAUUUUUGUUUUUUCUUGCCACCCGAGCAGUGAUUUCUAAAACUCUUAGCUAUAAUUUUGCUUUUAAACUGUCUUCGUGUUACUUAAUAGGAUACUAAACAGGAUUAUAAAUAUAAAAGAAACAUAUCGGAUCGUGAGUUGUCCGUUCUCAUGAUAAAUAAAAUGUAAAAAAUUAAAUAAGAAUUGUUUUUCCAGGCCAAUAUUGUAUUUACAAGAAAGGCGUUUGUCCAGUAGGACUCAGCGAAGGAUUUAUAAAGUGGGAUGACGAAGACACGAAUAACAAGAACAAUAAUGGCGGAACACUUCCCGAUGGUAUAUAUGACAAAGAUACAAGGAUCUCUUUUUGUUGUCGGACGAAUGGUAACAAAUCCGAUCCCAUCACCCUCCCCGUGGAAAAACCUUUUUACUUGCUGGCUUACGGUUCGUCUGAGUGUCAGAAAGUAGAGAGGGCCCUGGGUACUGAGGAGUAUAUACAAUAUGACAACGAGGACUCAAAAAACUCAGAUGAAUGGGAAGGGAGUCAUCCUUUUAUGAAGUAUUGA